CUUUUUGUUUUCGGGUUUUCAGGAGGUUAACACGAUGCCGCCAAAGUUUGAUCCUAGUGAAGUUAAAUUAGUGUACUUGCGCUGCGUUGGCGGUGAGGUUGGUGCCACUUCUUCUUUGGCCCCUAAAAUCGGUCCAUUGGGUUUGUCUCCCAAGAAAGUUGGUGAUGAUAUUGCCAAGGCCACCUCUGACUGGAAGGGCUUGAAAAUCACUGUCUGCUUGACCAUCCAAAACAGACAAGCCACCAUCUCUGUUGUUCCUUCAGCUGCCUCUUUGAUCAUCAAGGCAUUGAAAGAACCACCACGCGAUAGAAAGAAGCAAAAGAACAUCAAACACUCUGGUAACAUUGCCUUUGAUGAUGUCCUCUCUGUUGCUCGCACCAUGAGACCCAGAUCUAUGGCCCGUACAUUGUCUGGCACCUGCAAAGAAAUCUUGGGUACUGCCCAAAGUGUAGGCUGCACCGUUGAUGGACGUCCCCCACAUGAUAUCAUUGAUGAAAUCAAUGAUGGCUCUUUCGAAGUUCCAUCCGAAUAAAUAGUAAUAAACAAUUCUAGUUUUAUACAAAAAUUAUAAAGGAAAUGGACUUAUCAAUUAAAAGCUUAUUGAUUUUAUAAGAUGAAAAAUAA